UUUUGUAUUUUUAAUAGAGACAGGGUUUCACCAUGUUGGCCAGGCUGGUUUCCAACUCCUGACCUCUAGUGAUCCCCCUGUAUCGGCCUCCCAAAGUCUAGGAUUACAGGCCUCUCGAAGUGUAGGAUUGCAGGCAUGAGCCACUGUGCCUGGCACCAGCUGUCGUCUCUUUUUAGUGUAAAAGUUUCAUUUUGAAAUAACAGAUAUGGAAGCACUUUGAAAAACAUAAGGCAUUAUGACAAACUAAAUGAUUUAUACCAUCUCUUUUUCUCUUUUGGUAGAUACUUUAAGAUUCAGAAAUGCUUCAUUUUUGGCCCCUUCCCUCUCUCUUUUUACAAUAAAUUCUUCCUCCUCGUCUGGUGGGAGUGUGGCCAGAUGUGCUGCUGGAAUGUUCCCCCUGGACACGUUUGCGGCUGUGUGUCUGUUCAUCACCUUGCUGGGUCUUGCCCUCCCUCUGGCUGGAACAGUCUGCGUGGCAGCCAGGGAGUGGGGGUCAGCCGGCAGGACAUCGCGGGAACACGGGGACGCUCUGGCCACUUACGGGAGUCUGCCAUUGAGCGAGGUGGAGAGCAGAGAACAAAGCCCCAGAACACGGACCCACUGUCCGGCGCAUCUCCCCGGGUCAGCAGCCCCGAGCAGAGGAAAAAGGUUUCUAGGAGCCGUGGCUCAUGCUCUGCCGUGCUUUUCUUGGCAGAAGAAUGUGCCAGCCAUCUGGACUACAAAGACUCCAGGCAGCACCUGCUCUGCGCUGAGUGGCAUUCGUGUCUUGAGUCUCCUCUGGAUCAUCUCGGGACACACCAGUCAGAUGACUGCAUGGCUGUCUUUGGAUAAUGUGCUUGAAUGGAAAAGCAGAGUGCCUAGAAACCCACUGUACCUUUACUCUCGGAGUGGGCCCUUCUAUCUUGGAGUUGACACGUUCUUCCUGAUCAGUGGAUGGUUAAGUGCAAGGUCGUUUUUAAAGAUGCAUCAGAAUUCAGACAAAGGAAUAACCCCUAAAGUCAUACUCAGAUAUGUUCUCAGUCGCCUGGUAAGGUUGCAGCCUCUUCACCUGUAUUCGGUGUGCUUGUUGGUUGGACUGUUCUCUCUUAUUCCCUGGGGACCUGUCUGGGAAGUGCCCAAAUUCCACUGGGAUAGCUGCCGGCAAGCGUGGUGGACAAACCUGCUGCUCCUAAAUAACUUUGUGUCGGUCCGGAGUGCGUGCAAUGGCUGGACCUGGUACCUUGCCAAUGACUUCCAGUUCCACCUCACCACCCCAGUAAUUAUCUUCAUCCACGAUAAGAGCACACAAAUCCUCAUCCUCCUUGGGGCCGCGCUGCUCCUGGCAUCUUUCACAGCCACUGCUCUGAUCACACUGGCGUAUAAACUUCCCGUGGUGGCUCCAUCCGAAUCCAGUGAAGAGGCGACUGUGUUGUAUUUCUUGGAGUACUACACCAAGCCCUACUGCCGAUUCGGGCCAUUUCUUGUGGGCCUCUUUCUGAGCAUUUACAUGCAUCAAAACCACCAGGAAAACCCUCUCAGAACCAAGAUGCAGGUCCUGCUGGGGUGGAGCUGCUCCCUCACCACCCUGUUUGCAGUGGCUGCCCUGGCAUAUGUGGUGGACGACGCCUCUGCUUCUCCUUCAGUGGCCGCAGCUCUCUACCAAGCCCUCCACCGGACCCUGUGGGCGGCGGCCGUGGGUUGGGUCCUUUUUGCGUGCCAGGGAGGAUACGGAGGUAUGGAGCAGCUCCAGCUUUGCUGUUGGGUUCACACCCUGUUCUGUUAAAGGUGACAAAUUUAACACAUAAGGAGUGUACCAGAGGGACUUUUGGUUUCUAGAAUGGUUGAUGAAUGACUGAUAUUGAUUCAAAAAUAUCGAUUUCUCUCUAACCUUGGAAAAUACAAAGGAUUUGUGUAUACGAUUUUUACAUGGAUUUAUACACAGGUACAGGUUCUGAAAGAAAAAGAUGCAGCCUCUCCAGUGAAGGCAGAGCAAUGUCAGGAGAAAAAAAAUCCGUGCUUGGGAGCUAGACUUCUAGGAACAGUGCCUUGAGCCUUGGUUUCCCCAUCUGAAGGUAUAGACUAAAUGGUUGCCAUUAUCCCCUUGGGUAACUGAGCUGGCUUUCAACAUGCAGAGAGCCACGCAGACAAAAGGCUUCAAUGGAAAAGAAUCUUCUCCGGGUUAGAAAGGUCUAUUCAAGCCUCCUGAUGCCUUCCUCCCUGUGUUCUCUAUUUGGCGAGAGGUAGGACUUGUGUGCUUGGGAUGUCAGCAAAUAAGAGAACAAGGCUGGCAGGAAGCUCCCAGAAGAGGUUCUGGCCUCAAGCUACCCAAAGUCCUGACAUAGGAGCAGCAGAUCCAGGGGGAGGGAUGGCCGCUUCAUACACUAGGGAAAUAACCCACCAGGAGGAGUUUAAGCCAAGCCUGUGAACCCAUGCCACUCAGCUUCAGCUAAGUUGGUGGGAAAUAAUGACUUAAAGAGAAAAACUGGGGUGAUGAACAAUUCCUCUGGAUUGAGCACAUGCUGGAUGCCAGGCCUUGUGGGAAAAUCACCCACAGGAUCCCCAGUAGCACUGACCACACCCCUGGGAGGAAGACCUAUAAUUAGCAUGAGAACAACCACGACUGGAGAGAAAGCUACACAGCGGAGGUCCCACAGCUGGUGGGAGGUUGAACUAGAAAGUGAAUCAGGUCCUAGCAUGAAGUCCAAAGCCAGAGCAAUUCAUUCCUACGUGAUAGCACGUCCCCCAGAUAAUUAAUGAAAACUGUUCCGAAAUUGUACAGGGACUUUAAUAUAAUGAUGAUCUUUAAUAUUUUAAUUUUAGAAAUGAGUCUUAGUGAUCUUUCAUAUUUUAAUGUUAAAACUUUCCCUUAUAUGGAAAAGAGAUAUUAAAGAGGAAAGGGACUGCAUUCUCUCUGACUGAUGUAUUUGCAUUUUAUGGGAAACUCUGGGUUACGUGACCACAGCCCUGCCUGCAGCCUCACCCCAUGACAGUGUCCCUGAGCUGUCACAGAGCCUCAUAAACAACUAUUCCCCGGGGCCUGGCACAGGCCAUUUACAAUGCCGCAAACAUCACAGUCUUCUUCUCUAAUGUGAGGGGUGCUGCUGUUUAUCAAGAACAACUAGCGAACAUAAAUGAUAUGAGAGAGGAAUGACUCCGGUUAAGUCAGAAGAUUAAACGAGUUUGCAGCAUUAUCAUUACAAUAGAAUGAGUACGUGCCCUCCAUCACCAGUCUGGGUGAGGGUGCUAUCUCGUCACCCAGGUGAUGAGCAAGCCACUUUGCUUAUUCUUGAGCAAUUUAUCACUCAAAGGUGUGUUGUCAUUGGCCAAUCCACAACUGCAGGGGCACCUGAUAUCCUAGGUUUGUGUCUCCAAAACUAUUGAUAAGAUAUCAAGAUUGAUGACUUGAAUCCUUAACCAUCUUUGCUUGAUAGCAAUGUAGAG